AAAAUUGCCAAAUGGCGGAAUUGUGUGCUGUCAUUGCUUUUCACAUUCAGAACAAUUUAUGACGGUUUUGUUGCACAGUUAUUGCUCGAAUGCCGUAAUGGACAGAAUACUCAAGGGGAUCAUGAAGUACAGAAAGUGCCAUCGGGAGGGAAUGGUGAAGCAAUUCCAACAAGUCAGAGAUCAUCCCGAGCCAAAGGCAGUGUUCUUUACCUGCAUGGAUUCCCGGAUGAUCCCAACUAGAUUUACGGAAACAAACGUCGGAGACAUGUUUGUCGUUCGAAAUCCUGGCAAUGUCGUUCCGCACUCGCGGCACUUCGUGGACGAAUUCACUAUGUGCGAGUCGGCGGCGUUGGAGCUCGGAUGCGUGGUGAACGACAUAAAGCACGUUAUAGUUUGCGGCCACAGCGAUUGCAAAGCGAUGAAUCUGCUCUACGCUUUGCGGGACGAGGAGUUCGCGUCUCAAACGAACAGGAGGAUGUCGCCGUUGAGAGCGUGGCUGUGUGCGCACGCCAGCAACAGCUUGGCCAAGUUUCAGCAUCUCGAGAUCACCGGUUUCCGCGAGCCGAUCCUCUUCCAGGCCGAGACGCCGAUGCGGAAAUUCGUCGCUUACAUCGAUCCGGAAGACAAGUUCGCCAUCGAAGACAAACUGUCGCAAAUCAACACGUUGCAGCAACUCCAAAACAUCGCGUCGUACGGAUUCCUGAAGAAGCGUCUGGAGAGACACGAUUUGCAUAUCCACGCGCUGUGGUUCGACAUUUACACCGGCGAUAUUUAUUACUUUAGCCGUGCCAACAAGAGAUUCGUGGAGAUAAAUGAAACGACGGAGCCGCUCUUGCUUAAAGAAAUUAAGCAAUAUUACUCGUAGAAGCCUUAUUGUAUUUUUCAGACAAUUGCGUGUUUACAGUCCAACGCUUUAUACAUUACAUUGCCAGAGACGUAUCAGUCAGACCGCGUAAAAUAAUCGUAUAUUUUUUAUAUAUAAUAUUAAACUUUGAAAGGCUGAAGCUUCGUUUUAUAUUUUUUACAAGACUCUUUAAUGAUAAGUUGAAUCCUCAUCAUUUAUCAUUCGCAGAGCGAGGAGUAUGUAUGUUACGCUUUGCGCGUCGAACUUCAGAUACUGUUUAAAGUUUAGUCUAAAGUACAUUCUUUAAUUCAUUAUAUAAUUAUUUUUUAUACAUGUAUGUACAUAAAAUAUAAUAUACUGAAAAUAAUAUAUUGAUCGAUACUUUUGCGCUGUGGCAAAAUAUAAAGAUAUAAAAUUAUGGAAUAAAGUAAACCUCGUUGUCCGUUU